AUUCAACCACUCUACAUCUUUCAUUCACUUGCUAAACGCUAAGAUGAACACUGGCAAAACUUUGAAGGAGGCUCUCCAGAAUGCCCAAGCUGACGGUCGUGUUACCGUUGGAGUCUACGAGUGUGCAAAAAUAAUGAACGAAGACCCUGACAGUGUGUCUUUCUGUGUGCUGGCAACUGAUGCCUUCGAAUGUGAUAUAGCUCUUCAGAUUCACUUCACUCUCAUCCAAGCUUUCUGCUUUGACAACGACAUCAGCAUUGUGAGAGUCAAUGACAUGCAGCGCAUCGCAAAGAUUGUUGGGGACAAAUCUGAACAUAUGGAGGACGCCCACUGUGUCCUCAUCUCGAACCCUACUGAAGGUUCUUGGGAGGAUCCGGCCCUCGAGAAGCUGCACCUGUUCUGCGAAGAAAGCCGCAGCUUCAACGAGUGGGUCCCAGAGAUCACUCUGCCUGAGCGUUGAACUGGGCCUAUACUCUUCUCUGAUCGAGAUGCUUU